GAACUGAUGUGCAAUGGAAUUUGGACCACCGAUGUGCCACAAAGCGUGGCCGGAUUUGCUCUUCUGUGAAUGGACAGCCGGGGAGAGGGGGAGGCUAAACCGGCUGGAGGGCAUGACCCCCAGGUGGAGAGCUGUGGAGGGAUCUGUGGGAGGCGAUGGACUGUCCAGGCAAGGCAGGCCCUGGAGGGAUUCUAGUCGCCCGAGGAGGUCCUAGGCGGCAGGCGGCUGUGAGUACGCCCAUGGAGCAGCUGAGGAUGUCCGGCUCAAUCGCGUCCUACGACCAACUGGUGAAGCAGGUGGAGGCCCUGAAGAAGGAGAACACACAUCUCCGCCGAGAGCUGGAGGACAACUCCAACCACCUCUCCAAGCUGGAAAAUGAGACCUCAGACAUGAAGGAAGUCCUGAAGCAUUUGCAGGGCAAACUGGAACAGGAAGCGAAGGUGAUGGUCUCGUCGGGGCAGAUGGAGGUUCUGGACCAGUUAAAAGCCUUACAGAUGGACAUCACCAGCCUGUACAACCUGAAAUUCCAACCCCCGGCCCUCGUCCCCGAGCCCAUGAUGUGCCAGGGGGACAGCCCAGAGGGCAGCCCUGCCCAUUCAGCCACGCUCCAGAGGAAGGACAGCAUGGGCGAUCUGAGCCGGGCCACCAUCCGCCUCCUGGAGGAGCUGGACCGGGAGAGGUGUUUUCUGCUGAGUGAGAUUGAAAAGGAGGAAAAAGAGAAAUUCUGGUAUUACACGCAACUGCAGAGCCUCUCCAAACGGCUGGACGAGCUCCCUCACGUGGAGACGUUCUCCAUGCAGAUGGACCUGAUCCGCCAGCAACUGGAGUUUGAAGCCCAGCACAUCCGCACGCUCAUGGAGGAGCGUUUUGGGACGACCGAUGAGAUGGUGCAAAGAGCGCAGAUUCGAGCGUCACGGCUGGAACAGAUCGACAAGGAAUUGAUGGAAGCCCAAGACAAAGUGCAGCAGUCCGAGCCCCAGUUCUGCGGGAAAUUGCCGGGCAUGGAAAGGGACGGGAGUCUGGAAGUCCCAACCCAUCCUGAAGAAGCGGGGAAUCACCCCGGCAACAGCAAGGUGGAGGUGGUCUUCUGGCUCCUGUCCAUGCUGGCCACCCGGGACAAAGAAGACAUGUCCCGCACCUUGCUGGCCAUGUCCAGUUCCCAGGAGAGUUGCCUGGCCAUGCGGAAAUCGGGCUGCCUCCCAUUGCUGAUCCAGAUCCUCCACGACACGGACCGGGAACCAGGGGCCUCGGAGAGCCCGGCGGGGCGAGAAGGAGCAGGGAAGGACAGCCGUAUGCGGGCCAACGCCGCCUUGCACAAUAUCAUCUUCUCCCAGCCCGACGAGGGGCAGGCCAAGAAAGAGAUGCGGGUGCUUCAUGUCUUGGAGCAGAUCCGCUCCUACUCAGAGACCUGCUGGGAUUGGCUCAAAAUGCACAGCCCAGAGGGGGCCAAGACGCCAGACAGGGGGACAGCUCCCGUCCCCAUUGAGCCCCAGAUCUGCCAAGCUACCUGUGCCAUCAUGAAGCUCUCCUUCGACGAGGAGUAUCGCCGUGCCAUGAACGAGCUGGGUGGGCUUCAGGCCAUCGCUGAGUUGCUGCAGGUGGACUACGAGAUGCACCGGAUGACCAGCGACCCCCUCAACCUGGCCUUGAGGCGCUACACCGGCAUGGCACUGACCAACCUCACCUUUGGGGACGUGGUCAACAAGGCAACCCUGUGCUCUCGACGGAGAUGCAUGCAAGCUAUUGUGGCGCAGUUGGCAUCCGACAGCGAGGAAUUGCACCAGGUCGUCUCCAGCAUCCUGCGGAACCUCUCUUGGCGCGCCGACAUCAACAGCAAGAAGGUCCUGCGGGAGGUGGGCAGUGUGACGGCACUGAUGCAGUGCGCCUUGCGGGCUGCCAAGGAAUCCACCCUGAAGAGUGUCCUGAGCGCCUUGUGGAACCUGUCAGCUCACAGCACAGAAAACAAAGCCGCCAUCUGCGUGGUGGAAGGCGCCCUCGGCUUCCUCGUCAGCACGCUCACCUACAAGUGCCAGAGCAACUCACUCUCCAUCAUCGAGAGCGGAGGGGGCAUCCUCAGGAAUGUCUCCAGCCUCAUCGCCACCAAAGAAGAUUACCGGCAAGUUCUGCGGGAUCACAGCUGCCUCCAGACCCUGCUCCAGCACCUGAAAUCCCACAGCCUGACCAUCGUCAGCAACGCCUGCGGGACCCUCUGGAACCUCUCUGCCCGCAGCUCCAAGGACCAGGAGCUGCUCUGGGACUUGGGGGCAGUCAGCAUGCUCCGCAAUCUGGUCCACUCCAAGCACAAGAUGAUUGCCAUGGGCAGCGCGGCCGCCCUCCGGAACCUACUGGCCAACCGGCCCCUCAAGUACAAAGACGCCAUGGUGAUCUCGCCGGGAUCCUGCAUGCCCUCGCUUUACAUGAGGAAGCAGAAGGCGCUGGAGGCCGAGCUAGAUGCCAAGCACCUGGCCGAGACCUUCGACACCAUGGAGAAGCAGACCCUGAAAGGCCAAAGCGCCAAGAAGCCGACGAGGCACAUGGACAGCCUGGUGAAGGACUACGCGUCCGACUCGGGCUGCUUCGACGACGACGAGGUACCCAAUGUCUCCAGCGGGGGCGCAGAGACAGGCAAUGCUUCCGUCCUCUCCAUGUUCCUCAACUCUUCCUUCCUCCAAGGCCAGGCACUGCCCAGAGCUAUCGCCCAGCGGAGGGGUCCGGAACCAGAGAAGGACAAGAGCUGCAAGCUUCCCGAAGCCAAGAAGGCCCCCCUGCCGCUCCCCACUGCGGACAACGACGUCUCCAUGGCAGCAGAGAAGUUGGCCAACAAGAUCUCCACCACGGUGGCCAAGAUCGACAAGCUGGUGGAAGAUAUCUCCACCCUCCACACCUCCUCCGACGACAGCUUCAGCCUCAGCUCUGAAGACCACGGCCUGGACUGGCAGUGUGGAUCCGACGAAGUCCACGAGGCCCGAGCACAGUCUUGCUCCCCCUGCCGGCUGUCAGACACGAGCGGGUUCGUCGAGCGAGAAGGCCUGAGUCGGGCUCACACCCUCCUGCGGCUCAAGACGGCCUACACCAGCUUGUCCAACGACAGCCUCAACAGCGGCAGCACCAGCGAUGGCUACUGCACGAAGGAGCACAUGAAGCCGUGCACCAGGACGACUUUCCUGGACUUCAAGGAUGAGCUGCACCGCUAUCAGAAGCGUCCCAGCCGCCUCGACUUGAAGAACAUCUUGAUCAACAGGCCCGAGAAGAUGGAACCGCCUGGAAGAAGGCCCAGUGAGGCGGGGGAAAGAGCAGAGUCCCUUGAGAAGGCCAAGAAAACAGCGGUCUCCCCUGAUGCCGCUGAAAAGGAGUCCUGCUACAAGAAGGACCCCAGCCACAAGCUGGCUUCUGACCCCAAGGUUCACACUAUCAAACUCUCCCCUUCGUACCAGCAUGUUCCCUUCGUGGCAAGUGUAGACAACAGCAGCUCAGCACCCACAGGACUGUCCGGAGCCAUGUCUCACUACCCGGGUCUGUUGGGACAGAAGCAAGACUGGCUGGCCUCCAGAGUGGCGCAGGCAGUAGAAACCCUGAACAAGAUCCCGGAGAAGCUGCCGGUCCCGGUGCUGCCGCCCGCGCCAACGGAGCAAGAGCAGCUGCAGAAAUACUUGGUGGAGGACACGCCCAUUUGCUUCUCCCGGUGCAGUUCUCUCUCCUCGCUGUCCUCCGCUGACAACGGCCUGGAUGGGCAGAGCCACAGCGAGAACGAGAUGGACAGCGACUCCUCGUUGGAGAUCAUCGAGGUAGAGGAGGUUGCUGAGGCGGAAGAAGCUGAAAAAGAAGAGCAGGGCAAGGCGAAAAUGGAGGUGGAAACUGCCCCUCCCAUCUCACAGCCCAUUGCAAUCCCCUUCCCCAAGAAGGAGAAGAUAUUUCUGCGGGGAGUUUCGCCAUCCCGGCACGAAGACUUGACGCCGUCCAGCUCCUCCGAGAACUACAUCCAGGAGACGCCCUUGGUGAUGAGCCGCUGCAGCUCCGUCAGUUCCUUGGGCAGCUUCGAGAGCCCGUCCAUCGCCAGCUCGAUCCAGAGUGAGCCCUGCAGUGAGAUGAUCAGUGGCACCGUCAGUCCCAGCGAGUUGCCCGACAGCCCCGGGCAGACCAUGCCCCCCAGCCGAAGCAAGACGCCUCUGUUUGAGCUGAGUGGCCAGCUGGAGAAGGAGACCAGCCAGUUCAACAUCCAGUGGGAGAACAACGUGAAGAAAUUCAUGGAGAUCACCGACUUCAAGGAGCGUUUCCAGAUGCCCCAGGACCUCGACUCCAUGGUCUACUUCACGGUAGAGAAGCCCAACGAGAACUUCUCGUGCGCCUCCAGCUUGAGCGCGUUGCCCCUUCAUGAACACUACGUCCAAAAGGACGUUGAGCUGAAGCUCCUCCCACCGUUCCCCGACAGGAGUGGCUUGAACUUUGUGAUGCACGAUGAGGAGAGGGCCAGUGAGAGCCAGAGGAAGCCUGAGCGACUGGAGCUGACCUCGGACGAAGACAUUGAGAUUUUGAAGGAGUGCAUCAAUUCGGCCAUGCCCUCCCGUUUCCGGAAGGUUCGGACGUCUCUCGUGUCCGGCCUCCCAGGCCAGGUUUUGAACCCCCAGUCCAAGAAGCCAGUGCAUGUCCCCGUCUACAUGCUGGUCCCUGCGAACUCCCACCUGGGCAUCUCCACACAUCGCUUGGCUCCUGCCCCCAGAACCAACAAGAACUACACUGGCGACGAGGAUUCGUUCACAGACUCAGCGGAAGGAACCCCGGUCAACUUCUCCAGCACAACCUCCCUGAGCGAUGAGACCCUUCAUUACCCAAUGAAGGAGGAGGUGGACUCAAAGCAUUGCUCUGCGAAGCAGAGGGAAAUGACAGGACCCCGGGGAGCAGGGCACAAGAUGGAGGCGAUGCUGCAUGAGCAAGGCAGCCUGCGUCCCGGAAGAAUAACCUCCAGCCACUCAACUCCAACCAAGAUGGUUUCUUCCUAUAAGCACAAGACUGGGUCUAAUCACACCAGCCCUCUUCGUGCAGGCAGGGCUCAGUCUGCCGAGUCUAAGAGAGGCCGCGUUCCUCUCAAGAACCUCGAGCUCACCCUCAUGAGGCAUGGCAGCGGGGGGGCCUGUUCUGAGGGCAGCCAUUCCAGGAAGGGAACGUCUCGGGAGAGCAGUGGCCAUGGCAGUGACAUGGCCUUCCAGUCACUGUGCCACACCACGCCGACUGAGGAGGCCGUCUACUGUUUCUACGAGAACGACUCGGAUGACGUGACACAGCGAGCCGUGAAGAAUUCGCCCAAGCGAAAGGCUGGCGGUUUCGGCAAAGGUCAAAAGAAAGAAUGCCGGGCCAAGAAGGAGCCUGACCGAAGUGCAAGACAGUUGUCCCAGGCGAAAACCAAGAUGGCGGCCAGGCUCUGCAGCAACCUCAUUGUCGAUGAGACUCCGCCGUGCUACUCUCUCAGCUCCUCCGUGAGCUCCCUGAGCGACCUUGAACUCUACGAGCACACAGAGAGGGCAGCACAGCUCUACAGCAGGGCCAACCGCCAGUUGACCUUGAACCGCCGUCAGGAGAUGAAAGCGGCCUUGGCUAAAGGGCGGGACAGCUCUGCCAGUUCCCUCAGCUACAACUCGGAUGACGACCUCUUGCAGAAGUGCAUCGGCAUGGCCGUGCCCAAGAGGAGACGCCACGCGACAAGGAGGAGGAAUGCCGAGAAGGAGAAGAAAGGCUCCAACGUCAAGGAGUGGAAGCCAGAGGUUGUCCCGGAUGAAAUUGCCUCCGAACGAGGGUCGGACCUGGACAGUGUGGAAUGGAAAGCCAUCCAGGAAGGGGCCAACUCCAUCGUGACCUGGCUGCACCAAGCAACCUCGUCCUUCACCAAGGAGCCUUCUUCAGAAUCUGACUCCAUCCUCUCCUUUGUGUCCGGCCUCUCGGUUGGCUCCACUUUGCAGCUGCCUCUGGACCGGAAGGAGAGGAGGCAGGGCAAGAAGGUCCCUGGUGGUCAUCUGGAGAAGAAAGACCACCCCAAGGCCUUCCCGGAGGGGAAGAAGCUGGCGGAAGCCAGAGUCGCAGGCAGCAGGAAUAGCAAGAUGGAGAAAAACCCGGGCCAGCAGAAACCGGUGACCAACUUGCCAGUGGUCUUCCGGGGCAGGACAGUGAUCUACAUGCCCAGCGUGGCCAAAGACCCGCAGAGCCCCAGAUCCACCCCAAAGAAAACGGAACCUGUGGUGAAGCAGGAAGCCCCAGGGAAAACCCUCAGUUUGAACCCACAGAGGUCACGAAGCCUCCACAGGCUGGGAAAGAUCUCCGAAAUGGCGGACCUGACGUUGCCCAAGAGGAGCGCCACCCCACCUGCCCGGAUUAGCAAGCCUCCUUCUUCCGGCUCGUCCAGGACGUCAGCGCCUUCCCAACCCAGCCAGAAGAAGCUCACCUCCCCUUCGCAGCUCAACAAACAGAUCACCUCGCCCCGUGAGGCUGGGAAGGCGAGCGGGAGCUCCACACCCAGCCCCAACCCCAAACCGGUCCAGCGGUCCCCCGUGUCGAAGCAACACAAGACCCAGAAAUCUCCUGUCCGCAUCCCCUUCAUGCAGAAGCCCAACAAGAAGCCUAUGCCGAUGAGAAGCACCAUGCCAGUGCUGGAGGAGCAGGGAGGAAGAGGAGGAGGCAGCAGCGGCAGUGAGGCAAAGCCCAAGAGCAGUGGGGCCAAAAGCGUCCUCCAGAGCAGCCGCCUCAACCUGGUGCGCAUGUCCUCGGCACGGUCCGUGGGCAGCGAGUCAGACCGUUCAGGGUUCCUGCGGCAGCUGACCUUCAUCAAGGAGUCCUCCAGCCUCAUCAUGAGGCACCGGGCAGAGCUGUCCUCUUCCGAGCCCAUCUCCUCCUCACGCUCUCAGGGUGCCUCUCCCCGCAGAAGCAGACUCGGCCUGCCAACCGUCUUCCUCUGCUCGUCCCGGUGCGACGAGCUGAAGGUCAACAAGCCGGCGGGACCGAGCCAAAGGCCCGUGAUCUCUCGGGUGCCUCUGCCUAGCCAGAGAGCCCCACCGGGCAUGAGGCCUCCAAGACGGACCAGUUCGGAGAGCCCUUCCAGGCUUCCCAUGAAGACCAGCCCCGUUGCCUCGGAGUCUUUCAAGCGCUAUCCUUCAUCCCCUCAGAUCAACAUCAUCAAGAGGGCCAGCAGCCCCACACCAACCCCUUCCCCUUGCCCCGAGUCCCUAGGCGGGAGAAAGGGGAGCGAGGAGGCCUCCAGACUGCCUGUCAUCCCUCCUCUGGGGGCGCCGGAGAAACGGGGAGAAGAGCAGCAGCCGGGGACGGUGAAAGGGACGUGGAAAAGGAUCCGGGACGAAGACAUCCCCCACAUUCUGAAAAGCACCCUUCCUUCCACCGCCCUGCCCCUGGUCUGCACCCUGGAGGAAGAAGAGUCCCAGAAGGGCCUCCAGCGGAAGACCAGCGAUGCGGUGGUGCAGACCGAAGACUUCUCCAUGGCCAAGACCAACUCCAGCACUUCCCCAACGCUGGAGGUGCAGGAGGCGCCCAAGAUCCCGCCAGACGGCUGUGAGGCAGACGGCUUCAAGGCCGCGGCGGUGCCCAUCUCCUUUGCCCACGAAGGGCCCGUCGGCUCCCACGGGAACUUCCCCCACAGCCGACACAGCUCCCCCAGCCGGGCCGCCCGGGUGACCCCAUUCAACUACAUCCCAAGCCCCAUGGUGGUGUCGGAGGUCCAUGCGCAGCAGCUGGAGAAGAUGCAGGCCUGAAAACCCACCCGGAUCGCUCUGUGUGUGUGGCCGGGCCGGCAGCACGGAGAUGCUCUUAGCGGCUGCACCAACUCUCGGAGGCAAAGCUGGUGUCCGUUCACUGUUUUUUAAAAAAAUAUUAAUGUAAGAAGAGGAGAGAGGCUUGUCCCGCAUUUCCUUCACGAUUAACUAACUGUUGAGGGAUUCGGGGUGACCUUUAUUUACACGGAGACAUUUCUUGUGAAAGAGACACACAGGAAAACUGGCGAACAGAAUCUAGUCCUUUAAUUUCCUCCUAAUGCUCUGCUUUCUUUCUCUUCCUUUGUUUCCCGCUCUCUCUCUCUCUCUCUCUCUCUCUCUCUUUUUCCUCUCCUGCCUAAUGGAACUUUGUAACAUUUUACCUGGUGGGGGCUGAGACCCCCCCACCCCCCACCCACACAAACACAUGUAUCUUCAGGUGCACAAUGCAACCCAUCUGCAGCAUCCUUCUGUGGGCGUUGGUGCUACCCCAUGUACACUGUUCUUCAGCAGCCUCUCGGGUCGGCCUCCCUGCGCUGACUCCAGCCGGAGAGCGUUUCGUUUUUCUCCACCGUGGCACAGAGGCAUGGAAACCCAGAGUUGUCCUUGUGCAAUACCACCUGGGCCGAAAUGGAUUGGGGAUUGGGGGUCUCCAGACGCCCGUCUCCGGCAAUGACUCCUCUUCGUCUCCAAGGCCGGGGCCACUUCCACAAGGGGACGCUUCGGUGUUGUGGUGUCCCCGUCUCCAAUUUGAAUGGAAAACUAACCCCGGUCUAAAACGGGCAUUCUGUUUUUGAACACGGACGCUUCCCACUGCUCCCUGUCCUGCAUGGGCACCGUCUGCAAGCGAUGCUUCCCGGACUAAGAGAUACUUAUCAAGCUUUCAUCCACUUUCUCUGUUCAGGACUUAACCCAUCAACAGGGUGAAGCUUCUCUUCCGGCCACGCUCCUCUGUACUUACUCCCCAUGGCGCACACAGGAGGUUGCAACCACGUAGACAUGCCCACGGUUGCUCUAGAAGAUAGAGUGCGCUUUUUUAACACCCUGGGGGAAGGAAAGGCCAUGUUGAGGCUUUUGUCCAAAGGUUCCAUCCAGUUUCUGCAGACAGAGGUGCGCCUAGGUCAUUUGGGAGCCUGGGCCUAAAGGCCUUGGGAGGCCCCCCUGCUGCAAGUUAAGCAUCAUUUUUUAACACGUCGGUUCUUGAGGGCACAAACCGCACCACCCAGGACAGACUAAAGAGGAUUUCGGGGGGGCCCCGGGGGGGUGGAGGCCCUGGACUUCAGCCCCGAAGUCCAGGGGUAAGAGCGCCUCUAUCUGCAGACCCCUGGCCAGCCCCAGGACCCCACUGCCCCAUUUUGGAGUACCAACCAAGAACCAGGAAAGGCCAAAAGUCAAUGCUGGAAGGGGCCAGGAAACUUCUCUAGCAUCCAUUGUCCUUGGGGGGAAAUAGCCUUUGUGCAUCUGGAAGGGUCCCAGUUGGGACACUCUGAAUCCAACCAAGAAAAGCAGGGAAGGCAGAGAGUUCAGAAGGGCGCCUUAACGUCAGCUCUGGGCUGCAUGUUUAAUCUCACGUGGGGCCACUAAUACCCAAUAAUGUGUGUAUAUAUAUAUAUAUAAGAUCUCAGCUAAUUUAUUGGGGGUGGGGUGAGAAAGAGAAAGUGAGAAAAGAUGUUUAUCACGGUAAGGAAGAGUCCAGGGCCGAGGGAACACCGGACGCUGGAGCGGAGAGGGUCACGGCCUCUCCGGCGAUGGAGCCCUGGAGCAGCAUGUCGUGUCUUCUAAUUACGGCAUCUCUUAAGGAGUGACUCAUCUGCUCCGCUUCUGCUGGUGCUGGGCAUUCUGGAGACGUUUUCGUAUAUGGCACCAUCUCGCCGCCGUAUUUACCAAAACCAAAAGGAGGGGAGGCAGAUGCUAUGGAGACAUGACGGAUCAUCGGCCAUGAGUCCUAAUCCAGAGGCUGGGGUGGAGGGGGGAGUUGGUUGAGUUGGGGGUGGCAGGUGGCAGACGGGGGGGGCUGUUCCUAGCUUGCCCCGUCCUCUGAGGAGCUCUGGGUGGCAAGCAGCGUCGUUCUCCUCAUGUUAUCUUCACAACAGCCCUGCCAGGUAGGCUAGGCUAAGAGAAACAGCAACUGGCCAGAGGCUGCCUGGCAAGAUUCAUGGCUGAGCAGAGACUGGAGCACACACACACACACCCCCGGCCCGACACUCCCACCACCGCGGUGCCUCGCAGCCAGUGCAAGAGAGCGUGGGCAUGUAGUGAAACCACCACAUUUCAAAACCACUUUCCGCGUGUUCCCUGGGCGUCAAUUCAGUUGUCCUGACAGCAGAGGACGGGAGGUUGUGUGUGCGUUCGUGUGGAGGUGACGUUUGAACUCCUUCCUCCAAGGCCGCACCAGCAAUCUCGGCCGAGGGGGUCUCUGUAUGUGUUUGUAAAGCAGCGAGGUGCUCCUCCGUUUAUGCAGCUGUCCUCUCAAAGGCACACAUCUGGGCGCCCCCUUCCGGCCCUGAAGCUUGUAACCUCACCCUCCCUCCUCCUUGAGCUCAUUAUUAAAGUAAAUCCAAGGAAACCAAG